AUGGACCAGUUCGUGGAGGCAGACAAUAUCAAACAGGGCUACCUGGUGCCAAACCAGGAUUACCAGCCCAUGGACAAGUUCUACCCUCCCGAACUAAAUGCACCACAGGGCGCCCCACAGUCAAACGGUGCCCCACCACAGAAUCUCCAAAACGGCGUCAACAUGGCAGCAGGACAUCCCAACCCGCCAAAUCACCAGCUCCCGCUUCCCCCACAUCUCCAAAACCCGCCCCUCCAACCCCAGUUUUUCCCUUCUUUUCCGGCGCAGAUGCCUUACUCAGGCAAUAUGGACGACCCGCGCUGUGUACCUCAGGACGCCAUGUCACUGGUGAGAGACUUGCAAAACAACCGCAUGCGAGGACUCUACGGCUACCCGGGCGGGUACGUGCCUCAGUUGAACAAAACGGAGCUGCCGAGCCAGCCGGCGUCGUCCGAAUACAGCCCGAUGAAAAAGGAGGACCACGGGCUCGUGCUGCUCAUCCCACCUUUGCAUGUUCAGCAGAAGAACGCCUCCAAGGAGGAAACAGACAACGACCACCAUGCCAUCACCACCAAGUGCCUGCGUUGCAAGAAGGACUUUGUGCAGAGCUUCGUCAAGGGCAAGGACGGCAAGCCUGACGGAGAACCCAAGAUCUACAAGUUGUGCCACCACUGUCGAGACUUGCAGAGACAGAGGUCCCGAAGGUGGCAGAAGAAGACCAAGGACAAGCAGGGCGCGUGUCGUCGUUGCGGUGGAACCAUCUCCGAGGAAGAACAGAACUACGUUCUUUGUCCACAGUGUCGAGAGUCGCUACGGCUCCGAAAGGCCAAUAGGGCUGCUCAGGGCAAGUGUGUGCACUGCCUGGGGCCCAUUGGUGCGCUGAUAAUCGGGGACAAGAACGGCGACAGACGGUCCCAGACGGGCCUGUUCAAGGUGUGCCAGCGGUGUAGAGAAAACGACAAAAUCAGACGAACCAACUUGGAGCGCAUGGGCAAUUGCAACCGUUGCGCCAAGGCGUUGGACCCGUCGCAGCAGGGAAAGCACAAGGUGUGUACGUCGUGCCGCCAGAAGAAAAAGAAGGGUGCUCUGCUGCUGCCUCUGGAGCCCGAGAGCUCUUUGGGCAUGGAGAUGCCUGUUUUCCAAAACCACAACGUCCAGAGCAUGCCUCAGCAAAACAUGCCUCUGCUCCAGCCCCAGGCGCCUAUGGGCAUUGGCUAUCCUAUGGCAAUGGGCCAGCAAAUGGGCCAGAUGGGCCAGAUGGGUCAGCAGAUGGGUCUUGGCCAGGACUACUACCAGUACAGCCAGCCUGUGCAACAUCUUCCGCAGCCCAUGCAGAUGCCUCAGGAUCAAAACCAGUCAUCCUCCAUGCAGCUGAACAACCUGUCACAAACGUCCCUCUCCUCAAGGGACAAGGACCUUCCUCCUGUGCCUCCCUUGGACACAGCCCGACCUGCUGCUUUUCUGCUAGCUUCUCCUACAAGUCCAGCAGACGUGCUGGCACUGGAAAUGGCCCGAUUCCAGAAACUCAAGGCCCAGCAGCAGAAAAAGAAGACCCGCCCGGCGCCGUUGCUCAACUUGGACAAGGCCAAGCAGCCGCAGCUGAAUUUCGUGGAGUCGUUGAAAACGCUAGACAUUCUGGACGAACCCCAGACCCGAAAGAGACAGACCGUGAUCAGCUCCAUCUCUCCGACAAAGCUGGUCUACACGCCUUCGCCUCGAGACCAGAAGUUGCCUAUAUGGGGGUCGGCGUCGCCUGUGGCCACCACGUACGGCUCGCUGGGCUACGAUCUCAGAGACGAGAAGUUUGUCCAUUUAAAGGACUUAGGGCUGGGCAACCUGGGGGUGGUGCUGAAGGUGCUCCAUGUGCCGCUGCAGAAAACCAUGGCCCGCAAGAUCAUUCAUAUUGAAAGCAAACAGGACGUUCAGACCCAGAUCAUCCGGGAACUACGGAUAAUGCACGAGGUGAGGUCGCCGUUUAUCAUCGAGUUCUACGGCGCCUUUCUCCGGCCCAACAACUCCAUCGUGCUAUGCAUGGAAUACUGUAACUGUGGAGCUCUCGACAAGAUCCUUCUGCUCUGCGAUAACGGCCAGUUCCCCGUUCCAGCGCUCAAAAAGGCGCUGUAUUCCAUCCUCAGCGGCCUAACGUACCUCUACAACACACACAAAAUCAUCCACCGUGACAUCAAGCCCUCCAACGUGUUGAUGACCCACAAGGGCGAGUUCAAGCUCUGUGACUUUGGCGUCAGCCGAGAACUCACGAAUUCCAUCCUCAUGGCCGACACGUUUGUGGGCACCUCCACCUACAUGUCGCCUGAGCGUAUCCAGGGUCUCACCUACGGCGUCAAAUCAGACAUUUGGUCCAUGGGUCUCAUGCUAUACGAGCUUGCCACGGGUAAGAGCAUAUGGGUAGACGACGAUGCCGACCAGUCCAAGCCGGCAGGCCCCGAGGGGAUCUUGGACUUGCUUCAGCGUAUCGUCAACGAGGACCCACCUUGUCUUUCGAACAAAACCAACAAGCUCACCGGAGCUCCGUACGAGCCAGACUUGUGUGAGUUCAUCGAGUCUUGUUUGGUGAAGGACGAUGCAAAGAGAAAAUCGCCCCAGGAGCUUCUCGCCAACGAGCAAGGUUUCCUCAAGGGCGUCCCCGAAGGCGUCUACGAUAAAGACGUCAAGGCAUGGGCCAAGACAAUCCGCAAGCGGAACAAGGAGAAAAACGAGGCCUCCUAG